UGAGCCGUAUAAAGUUCGGAUCGUCGCAUGUGUGUUCGCGUGUUUAGGAGUUCAGGCCCUUCAGGCUGCCUACUGAGCCCCUGUUUGCGUGGUUAGAACAGUUGUACUACAACAAAUGUUGCGUGUAGGCUGCAGUUUAUUGUCCCUAUCCGCGUGCUAAAGCGUCGAGUGUGCUUCCUGCCAUGACUUUCGUGUGUGCUUUGGCGCGAGCUGCCUCAGAAGCUGGUCGCAUUGCGAGGGCUGCUCGUUUAAUCCCGCCACUACAGAGAGGAUUGCAUCAAAUCGCUCAUCAGGAAUCGCGUGUGUCUGCUACCUGUCUCCGCAGAGUCGCAGCGGAGCGUUCGCCGGGAUCCACUACUGUAGAUCGAAGUGUAGCAUACGUUCCUCCAGGCAUCAAAAGUCCCGUUAGGCUCCCAACUCUGCGGAGGCCAUGGGAUUACAAUCUUCCAUCCCUUGUGAAACCCACCACCGUCAUUGGAGACAGUAAGGUCAUAGUCCCGUCGACGGACACCAAUUCCAUUGGCCUCGAGAAGACAGAUCCGAAACCGACAACAAUCGUUAUUGCGAAGCGUGCUGUAAACAUGUUGAUUAUUCGACGUAAAAAAAUGAAGAAACACAAGCUCCGGAAACUGCGCAAGCGGAUGUACUUUCUGUGGUCAAAGCGGAGGUAUCGAAUUGAGAAAAGCAAAGAGCAAGCUUUCAGGGCAGAACUUCUUGCUCAAAUUCAAGAAGCACGGGAGUUCGAUGCAGAAAAGUUUGUGGUGGGAGUGCUGGAGAAGUUGCGCAACAGACCAAGGCCAGAGUCACUUGAAGAGAAAAAGGAAAAGAUGCUAGAGCUGAUGCGUAAACACAGGAGCAAUGUCCAGUACGUCAAGCCAAAGCUUGAUUGACUGUUAAUAAUUCAGAAAUGUUUAUAUUUAGUAUGAAUAAAACUAGAACUGUGCUUUA